AUGAUAUCCCUAGCUACUCUCUCUUCCUCUCCCCCCCCCCUCUCCAAGCUGCAUCUGUCUCUAAGUACCAGAAGACAUGGCAUGGGGAUCCCAUUGUCGAAUAACAAUGAGUGCGCACACAACAACGGCGGAUGUGUACACUUGUGUAUCAAUACGUCUGCGAAUAGAACAUGUUCGUGUAAAGAGGGAUUUAUAGUUGCACCGGACGGCAAGGAUUGUUUGGAUCAAAACGAAUGCGCAGAGAACAAUGGCGGUUGCUCACACCAGUGUGAGAAUACACUCGGCAGCUUUGACUGCAAAUGUAACCCUGGGUCUUCUUUGGAUCCUUCCGGCAGACGAUGUGUAGGUGAAUGGUGUCGUUCAAAGAUUGGUUGUGACCAUGGGUGUCGGCCUGCACCCACUGGCAACCGGGUGGUUUGUUACUGUAGAACUGGUUAUACUUUACAUUCCGAUGGGCGGACAUGUCUGCGAAGUUGUGAGUUGGGAAAUGGCGGUUGUCACCAUGUUUGUAACAUGACAGUAGAUGGGCCGGUGUGUUCCUGUGCUGAUAAAUACAUCCUGAAACCAGAUAACAAAACAUGCAUGGGAACCUGUUCUGUAAAUAAUGGUGGCUGUGAGAAGAAAUGUGUGGAUUCAAACCUGGGACCAACAUGUUCAUGUCCAACUGGCUACAUGCUGUUUCGGGAUGGUCGGUCAUGUAUAGAUGUUGAUGAGUGUGAGGAGAACACCCACGGCUGCUCUCACAUGUGUGAAAAUGUGAAAGGAAGUUUUGAAUGCAUAUGCCCGAUUGGGUACAAAGUUGGUACUGAUUAUAAAACAUGUAUAGAUAUUGAUGAAUGUCUGUUAAAUUCAACGUGUGAUCAGACUUGUGUCAACUUACCUGGCUCAUUCAUGUGUCAGUGUCAACCAGGCUAUCAAUUAUUUGGUGUCACCCACUGUGCAGAUGUGAAUGAAUGUGCUGUGCGUAAUGGAGGCUGUGAGUAUACGUGUACAAACACAGAUGGCAGUUACGUCUGCUCCUGUCAGACAGGAUUUAAAUUACAUCCAAACAGACGAGACUGUAUAGAUGAGAGAAAAUGCAUAUCGCUAGUUCAGCAGCCCAAUUCGGUGUUGUCCUGCAUGUAUGAGGGGCCUCAGGAACAACACUGCACUAUGACCUGUGAGAGAAAAGCCCAACUGACCAAUCGGAGUGGUCUUUUAAACAGCACUUCUAUCUCCUUCAGAUGUGGGCCGAGCACAAAUUAUGAAUGGAUGGACCUGGGGACAGGUGGAUUACCUCACUGUUCAGAAAACAUUGCUGCCCCAGGUUACAGCAGACAUGCCAGAUUGGUUUUUAUUGGAGACUCAUGUGAUAUUGAAAAACAAGAUGUAGAAGAUAUGAAACAAAACUUGACACAUAUGUUUAAUUAUGAUAAAAAAUUCAUGUGCAAAAACAGAUGCAGUGUUGAUUCAGUGGACCUUAUGUGUGGCACAAGAAGGAAAAAAUUCAGAAAACUAAUUCGUCACAACAGAAAGUCUCUCAUCACAGCGGAGUUUGAGCUUCAUUUGAACUCUCAACAUCCGUCAGGAAGAUGUGAUGUUGUCUGCACAGCCAAGCGCAGUUUGCAGAUUCUCAACAGAAUGUUGCAGAAGUUCAAACGUGCAGUCAGACAACAAAAAUAUUCAGUAAGUUUCAACGACAUUGAAUUCAAGCCAGUUAAGAAAAGCCUCAAGCUGGACAAAAAUGUCAAAGAAUUGUGUGCAGACGGCAUGCAGAUCAUUAAUAAUACUUGUAUUGCCUGUACACUAGGGACUUUCUUCAAUAUAAAAAGCCGUACAUGUAGUCCCUGUUUUCGUGGAACAUUCCAAGAUGAGGAGGGACAGCUCUCCUGUAAGGAAUGUCCCAACCAGCAGCCUGGAUCAGGGGUGUCAGGAGCAACCAGGCAGUCUCAAUGCAAUGAAUUAUGUGAGCCAGGAACUUUUUCUCUUUCUGGACAAAAACCAUGCAUGGUUUGCCAGACUGGAACAUUCCAGCCAAACUAUGGCAGUACCUCUUGUCUACCUUGUGGUGCCGGACUAAAAACAAAAAUGGCUGGCAGUACUGGCUUUAAAGAUUGUAUCACUAGAGUUGUGUGUGAGGCUGGCCAAUACUACAACACCAGCACUCAUUCGUGUUUUCCCUGUGCUAAAGGAUUCUACCAGCCCGAGGCCGGCCAGGAUUUUUGUUUCGUCUGUCCAGGGAGAACAACAACUGAUUUUGAAAGCUCAACUUCUCCACAAGAUUGUAAAGAUCGGCAGUGUGGCCAUCAUAUGGGAGACAACUUUGGUGUUCUAGAGAGUCCCAACUUCCCAGGAAACUAUCCAGUCAAUGUGGAAUGUAUCUGGAAGAUUAACCCAGAGAACAGUCGCAGGAUUCUUAUCAUCUUGCCAAUGAUUGACCUCGCUGAUGAGGAGGGAUGUGGUGACAUGAUUGUUAUGAGAAAGUCACAGUCCCCAUCGAGUCAGAGUACAUUUGAAACCUGUGAGAGCAGAGACCGGCCUGUUGCUUUUACAGCUAGAUCGAAAAAACUUUGGAUUCAGUUCAAAUCAAACGCCAACAACACUGCUAAAGGUUUCUCAAUUCCUUUUGUCACUUACGAUGAAGAAUACGAGUCACUAAUAGAAGAUAUAGUGAGAGACGGCCGUCUGUACAGUUCACACCAGCAUCAACAAAUAUUCAAGGAUCGGCAACUACUGACUGCCCUUCUCGAAGUUAUUGCCACACCCUACAAUUACCUGAAAUACGCAAAUGUGUCCCACACAAUGUUCCCUACAUCAUUCUUCAAACUGCUUACGCCAAAAGUUCGCCGAUUCUUUCAGACUUAA